UUCCUUUUCUCUCUCAUAUUAACACCCAAAGCUCCAGUUCUCACUUCAUUUCCUCUCUGUCACAUGGUCAUGGGGGCUCACCGUCGGUUCGAGCCAAUCUCCAAAUGCCGCAGUGAAGGGCGAUCCAAUCAGACAGUGGCUGCCGACUUAGAUGGCACGCUGCUCGUGUCACGAAGUGCUUUUCCUUACUUCCUGCUUGUUGCCCUCGAAGCUGGAAGCCUCAUCAGAGCGCUCCUACUCUUAGCGGCAUGCCCCUUUUUGUAUUUUGCGUACUUGUUUAUCUCUGAAUCAUUUGCAAUCCAAUGCUUCAUCUUCAUUACCUCCGCUGGAUUGAAAAUGCGGGACAUUGAACUCGUUUCAAGGUCCGUCUUGCCAAAAUUCUAUGCAGAAGAUGUCCAUCCGGAGACAUGGAGAGUGUUCAGUGCCUUUGGAAAAAGAUACAUAAUCACUGCCAAUCCUAGGGUCAUGGUGGAACCAUUCGCCAAGACAUUCUUAGGUGCGGAUAAGGUCAUCGGAACAGAGUUGGACGUGACAAAAUCCGGCAGGGCAACCGGAUUUGUCAAAACACCAGGAGUACUCGUCGGAGAACACAAAAGGAAUGCCAUCCUGAAGGAAUUCGGAACAAACAAUCUUCCAGAUUUAGGCCUCGGAGAUAGAGAAUCUGACCAUGAUUUCAUGUCAUUAUGCAAGGAAGGGUUUAUGGUGCCAAAAACAAAAUGCGAACCUUUGCCAAGAAACAAGCUUCCAAGUCCUAUUAUAUUCCACGACGGCCGUCUAGUUCAAAGACCAACGCCACUCGUCGCUCUGUUGACAUUUCUAUGGCUUCCAAUCGGCUUCAUCCUGUCCCUUCUCCGAGUUUACACCAACAUCCCUUUACCGGAGAGAAUUGCUCGAUACAAUUACAAGCUCUUGGGAAUCAAACUCAUUGUUAAAGGCACCCCUCCGCCACCGCCAAAGAAAGGCCAAAGCGGAGUUCUCUUCGUCUGCAACCACCGCGCCGUGUUAGACCCCGUCGUCACCGCCGUUGCCCUGGGAAGAAAAAUCAGCUGCGUCACUUACAGUAUCAGCAAGUUCAGCGAAAUCAUUUCUCCGAUCAAAGCAGUGGCGUUGUCUAGGGAGAGAGAGAAAGACGCAACCAAUAUCAAGCGGCUUCUAGAGGAAGGUGACUUGGUAAUAUGUCCGGAGGGAACCACCUGCAGGGAACCAUUUUUACUGAGAUUCAGUGCUCUGUUCGCUGAGCUGACAGACAGGAUCGUCCCGAUCGCCAUAAACACGAAGCAAAGCGUGUUUUACGGGACCACCGUUCGAGGGCAUAAGUUGUUGGAUCCUUACUUCGUGUUCAUGAAUCCCAUGCCGACAUAUGAGAUCACAUUCUUGAACCAGCUGCCGGCGGAGCUGACCGUGAAGGGAGGAAAAUCAGCAAUCGAGGUGGCGAAUUAUAUACAGAGGGUACUCGGCGGAACCUUGGGGUUUGAGUGCACAAAUUUGACUAGGAAAGAUAAGUAUGCUAUACUAGCAGGAACAGACGGGCUUGUUCCGGCGAAGAAGGAUAAGGAGAAAGAUAUGGAAAAGCAAAAAGGAAAAAGCUUGAUUAAUUAACUGAUGGGAAAAAAAAUUAAGUGAAAGGGAAUUCAGAAAUCAUAAGCAAAUUGUUUUAGAUUAAUUUAUCUAUUGUUUUCCAUAAUGUUGUCUGAAACUUUUAUUAUGUAGAAAUAAAAUUAAUUGUGUUUA